CCUCAAAGACAGUUACAGAGUUACACAGAUAAUCAUACAAUCUUCGUUCUGAUCGAACUCCGCUCCCAAUCUAGUUUGCGAAUGUACCUAUCUGAGCGAUCUCGCUCUACGAAUAUCAAGAUCCCAACCCUACAUAUAGCGUAGCUAACCAGCGCCCCUCGUCGCUCCCCGCGCUGCUUUGUCAACGCCGGCGCAUAUGACAGAUUCAACGAAUUUAAAGGCCCAUCACUGAAUACACAACCUUCUAUAACAAUAUAUCCCGACAUUACAGACGCGAAUCUCCGAACCACUCCCACCACCUACAUAAACCGGACCAAGCCCCCAACCCAAGAUGGCCUCGGUGUCGUCUCUGGAUCAGGACAUGCGCAAGCUGCGUCUUGGCCGAUACACUCCACAAGCAGCGAACGAAAUCAGGUUAUGGAUUGAGGAUACACUCGGGGAGAAGUUACCGCCCGGAGAUUUGUUGGAUGUCCUUAAGGAUGGAACUGUACUCUGCAGGCUAGCCAAUCUGGCCCUUCCCCCGCCCGGAAUCAAAUUCAAGAAAUCGAACAUGCCUUUCAUGCAGAUGGAAAACAUUUCCCAUUUCCUCAAGGCGUGCGAAAUGCCCCCGCUCAAUCUUCAGGCCCACGAUCGUUUCCUCACAGUCGACCUAUAUGAGGCCAAAGAUCCCGCGCAAGUCCUCCAGUGUAUGGGCGCAUUCAGUCGCGUGGCGCAUUCCGUAAAUCCGACACGAUUCCGUACCACCAUCGGCCCGAAGCGAACGGUCAUCAGCCCCACGACAACAGGAUCCGCGACAGGUUUCACACCCAUAAGUCCGGUGAAGGAAAGCAGUUCCAGGCCUGGACCUUCUCGUGAAAUGAGCCCUACCAUUACUGGCGGAUCGAACUCUUCGAAGACGACAAAUGGGGGAGCGAGGUCGCCGCCUUCGGUGAGUAGCUGGAGCAAAAGGAAGGAUGAACAUGUGACAUCCCCGGCAUGGAACAUUGCACAAUACGGGUACAUGGGCGGUGCUAGUCAAGGUAACCAGGGGAUCGCAUUCGGUGCUCGCCGGCAAAUAACGUCUGCGGCUCCUAAUGUCCCAUCGCUGGCCGAGAAGGAACGAAAACGGAAGGAGAAGGAGGCUGAGGAUCAGAGGUUGCGGCAGCUUGCGGAAGAAGCGGAGAACAUACGCCGGAUCGAACGAGAAGCCGAGGAGGAGCGGAUUCGCGUUGCAGAGGAGAGGCGAUGGGAGGACGAGACUCGCCGACUGCGUGAAGAGGAGAAGAAACGGGUCGAACAGCAGAAAGUCGAGUGGGAAGAGCAGGAGAGGAGAUGGAAAGCGGCCGAAGAAGCGCGACUGCGUGAAGAGAGAGAAGCCCAAGAACAGUUCGAAAAGGAGACCCAGAGGCCGCGUGCUCCAAGCGAUGCCAAGCUGCGUGGUCAAUACCUCAGCGACUACAAAAGGGAACAGGUUUCGCGAUCGAACUCUCGAAACGAUUCGAGGGAGAACACACUGUCUCCGGACAGACAGCGGGUGGUGGAACUCGAGCGACAGCUAGCGGAAGCAAAGGAGCGCGAGAGACAAUAUGAAUUGGAACGAGAGGAGAAACUCCGACAAAAGCAGGAGAGCCCACAGCGCCAAAACCGUUCACGAUCGCGGAGUCGUCCCAGACCACCCCCUCGAGCACCUUCGCCAAAGGAUAGCGAGCCCCCAACACCCGCCCGGCCGCUCCCCAACCCAUCUUCCGCACCAACCUCAUCCCGCCCCCUCCCUGACCCCACAAGUUACCGCCCCAAACCCCCCCUUCCCAUCUCCCGAACCGACCAAUUCCUCUCCUCCCAUCCCGCCCCCACCCGCUCCCUCCCCACCACCCACCAGCCCUCCGAAACCGCGCACCUCACUGCCGCCGAACAAGACGCCGAAACCGCCCGCCGCCACGCCGCGCAACAGAAGACGAAAGCUGGCGGCUGGGCCUCAAAGAGCCUGCUGGAGCGGGAGAUGGAGCGCGAGCGCGAGCGGCAGCAGGAGUGGGAAGAGGCGCAGAAGGCGUCGCGGACGGCGAAGCGGGAUUUGAGUGAGGGGACCGGGGAGGGGCAGUCGUGGGAUGUGAAUCAGUAUGGGUAUAUGGGCGGCGAUGGGCAGAAUCGGGGGGGUAGUGGGAUCGGGUUUGGGGCGAGGAGGCAGAUUAUUGGACCGAGGCCGAAGCCGUGAUGGGCUGGUGGAGCAGUCCUGUUAGAUUUGUUAUGAAAUCGUAUAUUGUCCUUCAAUACGAUCGCAUGAUUGUUCAUGUGGAAGUUAAACAUGCUCCUCCAUUUCCUCGCCAUAAAUCUUAACCAAUCUGGAUUCUGAUAAUGUAAUCCCAAUGCCCCCCCAGUUGUUCUAACGGCUCUCCGCCGUGAACCUUUAAUUCCGACCAAUCCCCGCUCUGUCCCGGCGUCGAUCAC